GAGAGAGAGAGAGAGAGAGAGUCCGCUUCAACUAGUAGCUGAACCACUUUAUGUGCUCAAAGUCUGACCUCAGCCCGCCACUGGAAUCUAGCGAUGGGAGACGAGAAGCCGACGGUGGUGAUGGCCAAUCGAGAAAGAGAUCUGGAGCUUCUGAUGCCCGUCGCUGAUAAAGACCAAGGUUCUACUUCGAAGCCGUCUUCAUCUUCUUCCUCUUCCUCUUCGCAUCACCAGGCUACCCACGAGACUUUGAGCUUGUUCAUUAGGGGCUGGGCCUCUAAGAAGUUCAUGACUGGCUGUGUUAUCCUACUUCCCAUUGCGAUUACAUUCUAUAUAACAUGGUGGUUUAUUCACUUUGUUGAUGGCUUCUUCUCUCCCAUAUAUGCACAGCUUGGAAUCAACAUUUUUGGUUUCGGUUUCUUGACUUCAAUCGCAUUCAUCUUCUUGGUCGGGGUGUUCAUGUCUUCAUGGUUGGGGGCUUCGGUUCUGAACCUGGGGGAGUGGUUUAUCAAGCGGAUGCCAUUUGUUCGUCACAUCUACAACGCUUCCAAGCAAAUCAGCACUGCCAUUUCUCCUGAUCAAAAUACACAAGCUUUCAAGGAAGUUGCAAUCAUCAGGCAUCCACGUGUAGGCGAAUACGCAUUUGGGUUUAUUACAUCAACUGUUGUUCUUCAGAAUUAUCCAACAGAAGAGGAACUUUGUUGUGUAUAUGUUCCAACGAACCACCUUUACAUCGGAGAUAUCCUACUUGUCAACAGCAACGACGUUAUCAGGCCAAAUCUCUCGGUCCGGGAAGGCAUAGAGAUUGUUGUUUCGGGUGGAAUGUCAAUGCCGCAAAUUCUAUCGACCAUAGAUAAACCGGCACCCUCCAUCGACAGAGCUACAAGCGUAUAGAGAAACUCAUGCAGAAGAAUACAGUUUCUAGUUUUGUUGGGAUUUGGGGAUUUGAAUGUUUGAUCAUGAGUGUGUCUCUCUCCAGUUUCUUCAUUGUUGUAACUUUCCUCUCAUUUGUGAUUUGUGUGUUUACAAAAAGGUGUAUAAUGUAAGAUUAGGUCUAUAUCCCUCCUUUAAUAUGAAUCGUUUUCAUUGAGAGUUAUAAUACAAGCUUUGAGGUUACAAGAA